GUUCACAUUUCACUGUACUUAGAAUAUUACUAUUAUACAUGACAGGAACGUUGUUGAGUGAAUAGAUUUAUGUGGUACAGAGAUUAAUAAGACACAAAAUUUAUUAGAUAAUAAAUUUAGUAGAAUUUAGUAAGUUUGAAUGCGAACCAAAACGAAACGAAAUCGUAGGAAACAGUGCUCCUGCCCUCUACGCCAAUUAGAUAUCCUAAUAAUUACACAAUACUUUAAAUGGAGUUUGCUUUUACUCGAGUUGCAGAGUUUGUAAACAUCGUUUUAUCUGUGCUGGAAAAGUUUUGAUUUCUUAUAAAUACAAGAUAUUUAUCUAGACAUGGGUGAUGGAGACUAUAAAGUAUCUUCAGAAAUAUACAAGGAGCACGACUACGGAACAUCAUCGAAACCGAUCGUUGAUAAAAAUAAUAUUGUUUCGAAAUUUUGCUUCAGAUAUCCUCAGUACCGAGUAUCCACUGAUCCCGACGGCGAUCUAAUUGUGCCUCGCAAAACUUCUAAGAACACUAACAAUGCUGUGAUAGAAAUAGAACACAUGAAAAGCACCGUGCUUGACUUAGUUGGAUUGCAGAUUUGGAGAGGAUCUUUAUUGCUCGCAGAUUGGUUAAUACAUAAUCACCAUAGUAUUUUAUCAAGUGAUUCCUAUAUUUUGGAGCUGGGAUCCGGGGUUGGCUUAACAAGUAUAGUUGCUUCUAUGUUCGCCCCAGUGUUCUGUACAGAUGUAAAUAAAGGAAAUCUUCUCAGUAUUAUCAGAAGCAACAUUGAGAGAAAUAAGCAUAUUGUGAAACAUGCAGUGAACGUGCUUGAAUUAAAUUUCACAGAGGAAGCACUACCGAAGGAUAUUCUUCGAAAUUUAGCUAAGAUUCGCAUUAUUAUUGCUGCAGAUACUGUAUAUGAUGAUAGAAUAACAGAUGCUUUCGUAAGGACCCUUCAACUCUUACUUUCCACACCACCAGAAAAAUGUGUUUAUGUUGCCUUAGAGAAGCGUUAUGUCUUUACAAUAGCGGAUUGUGCAUCGACAGCCCCGUGCUAUGAAUAUUUUCUCCAGCGUCUCCGACAAAUAAAAAAUUUAAAAACCGAAGAUAUACCGUUAAGUUUCCCAAAAUUUUUCGAAUAUGAAAGAGUUAAGGAACUGGUUUUAUUAAAAAUAACAUCAGUAUUAUAAUGUGUUAAUGUUAUUUUGUAUUUAAUAAACUUAUUUUAUACUUG